CCGGAUUAAGGACGUCACGUCAUCUUCGUCUACACCGCGCACUCGCGCAACCUCAUCGUCACUGACCAAAAAGCUCCGACGAGCGAGGCGAGGAUGCCGCCGUCCCUGCGGCCAGCAGCAGUCCUGCUGGUCGCGGCCGUGUGGCUGUGGUCGGCCGCCUGCGCCGCGGGCGACGACGGCGACAUCACGUCGCUCCUGCCGCCGGGGACCGCGUCGCCUUUCCCGUUCUGCCCGGUGCGGCCGGCCGGGGUCUCCACGGGGCCGUUCCCCUGGAUGACGCCGCCGCCGCCGUCGACGGCGACGUUCCCUCAGGACCCGGGCUUCCUCCCGUCAGGGGCGUGCCCUGCCAGCGCCAGCGGCGCGGUGGCAUGGCUGCCGCUGCUCGCUGUGUUCUCUGCUUUCUUGCUGCCCUGGAUGUAUCGGUAGCUGCUCAGUUAAGAAUUCAGAUUCAUGCCACGAUGUCUGGAAUUCUGGAAAUGAUGUUCUUUAGGCCUUCGUUUCAGACGUACAUGUAGCUCCGAACAAAUCUAGCAGAGGGGCCUUUCUCUUGUGUUUCUCCUUGCAGUAGUUCUGUAGCUUCAUUCAUGUAAUUCUGGCGUCAGCAGAUACAGCUGGAAUCAAAUAAAAUUCCUUCUUGUUACGGUGUCUGAACUUGUAGUAACAUCGCUGCA